CUGCGGUCCGCUCCGGCCGGCUGCGGUCCGCUGCCGCAGGCAGGGAGCGCGGUGGUGACCGCCCGGGGAUCAGUGCACAGCAGCCCAGGUGUCAGGGCGGUGCAUGGUUCAGGGGAAGGGGCAGGCUUGGACUGUGGGAGCAGAGCCAGUGUCAAGCAGAAUCAUUCCGCAGGAAGAAGCGAUUUGCUCCGUCCCUUCACAGACACAGGUCUUACUGUGCCUUUCAGUGAGGUGCAUGCAUGAGGAUCCUCAGCUGGCAUCCCGCUGGUCACGCGCUCAGGUUGGGGAAGGAGACAGCUGCAAGUUGGACACACAUCACUGUUGCCCAAAUUGAAGAGGGGAAGCAGGAAAAUGGGAGCCAUUACUUCACUGUGACCAGUGUUUCCGAGUGACCAGCUAAGAUCCCUGUGGGAGGAAGGAAAAGAACAACAUGGAUGGGCUCCUAGAACAGACCAGUGUGUUAAUGCACAGUAAAAUCGCUGAAGCUGGGAAAAGGAAUGGCUUAAUUAACACCAGGAACUUAAUGGCGGAGAACCGAGAUGGCCUGGUCUCUGUGUACCCAGCUCCACAGUACCAGAGCCACAUUGUGGGGAAUCUCGCUGCUCAAAGCAGGAACGACCCAGUACAGCAACUGCUGGACCCCAAUACGCUCCAACAGACUGUGGAGUCCCACUACCGCCCCAACAUCAUCCUCUACUCGGAGAACGUGCUGCGGUCCUGGGGGGAGAGCGUGAGUGCCGAGUGCUGCGAGACCACCUUCAUUGAGGACCACUCCCCCACCAAGGACAGCCUGGAGUACCCCGACAGCAAGUUCAUUGACCUCUCCGGUGACGACAUCAAGAUCCACACCCUCUCCUAUGAUGUGGAGGAAGACGAGGAUUUCCAGGAGCUGGAGAGGCAAGUCUGGGAAUUCUCCAUCCAGAAACUAGCUUUGAUGUUUGAAAUGCAUGUUUGCAAGGUGCCAGCUCCCAUGUGCAGUAGAGCUUUGAGGUUUCUAGCAUUGGUAUGGAAGCAAUUAACCAUUUCUUCUCUUCACAUCCUUUGCCAGCCUUGGAGCGACUACUCGAGUGACACAGAGAGUGAAGACAAUUUCCUCAUGAUGCCCCCAAGGGAUCAUCUCGGCCUCAGCGUAUUCUCCAUGCUCUGCUGCUUUUGGCCGCUGGGAAUUGCUGCCUUUUAUUUGUCACAUGAGAGCAUCAUACCCCCCAGGGGAAUGCUUUUCAGUCAGUUGAAGCAUAGGACUUGUGAUAAGAUGCAGCUCAUGCAUGUAGCACAAUGCAGUGGAGAAAUCGGCAAAAGGAAUUUAUUUGGGUCUGAAAUUCAGAAGCUGUUUGUGGCAAGGGCCCGCUGUUGUUAUGUGCGUCCAGCAGCUCUCACUAGAACAGGUCAGAGACACUUCAAUGGGACGAUAUUCUCUUGAAAUUGAAACUUCACAAAAUUGAGCCAAGUUUUGUCGGAAUGUGUUUGUGGAAGAA